GGGAGAGGCCGCCAUUUUGGAAAGCGGGGGUUGGAACCUUUUCCGGGUGUAUGUUUUACCUCAGCCCCGCGAGCACGGCGGUGCCCGUCUGACUUCAGGGAGCCCGCUGGAAAAGCGAGCCGCGUCGUCCAUUUGAGAUGCUUCAUGAUGAGUGUAAGCCAAGAUACCUUGAAAGUCAAGAUGCAUCAGCAACAGAGCCCUGUUCUAAAAGGAUGAAAUCAACAGAAGAGCCUCAUGGUAAAUCCUAUGAUGGCUUGCAAAGACUUCAUGAGGAAAUGCAUGUUAAAAAAACCCAUAGUGGGUUUAUUCCGUUGUCCAUUUCUGAUGAAGAGGCACAAAAUGAAAAAGAAACUGCAGAAGUAAAGGCAUUCACGGGUAAAAUACCAGUGUCACCAGAGCCUUCAAAGUCAGUAAACAAUACUGGGAUUACAAGAAACAAAAGUUUUUCUCCUUCCAAUACCAAUAUACGUAAAAACAGAGAAGACAAUGCCUUCAUCAAAGAACAUAAGAAUGAAGAGAAAGAAUUAUAUAGCACAAGCAAAGCCUUUAUUGGACCCAUUUAUAAAAGUAAAGCUGAUUGCAUACGUGAUCAAAGGAAAAAGAGAGAAAUGGUGCUAAAAAUAGAAGAUGAAUUGUCCCAAUUUUAUAAUGAAAUUGAUCAGCUUGAAAGUGAUGAAAAUCGUUUUGAUAGUCACUUACAGGGGACAAAAACGAAUUCACUUGGGGAACAUAAUAAAUGGAAUCCAACUGUUUGUGUAAAUUCUCAAGAAUGGUCCUAUAGAACAUCACCUGGUGGUGGUCAGUGUUUUUAUAAUAAUGCACCAAGUGAUCGUAGAAUAGGCAGUGAACAGUAUCCAUACAAUGACCCAUCGGGUCACAGGAGUGACAACAGACGGUGUUGUAACAAUGAAAGAGAUGUAUGGGAAAUGAGACAAUUAUGUAACAAACAGGAUAGUUCUAGAUUCUGGAAUGAUUCUGUGUCUCAGUUAAGGCCUAGUUGGCAAAACACACAUCCUUUUAUAAUACCUUAUGGCCCACCAUCUCCUCAAUUCACUCCUCGUUUUAAUUUUCAGGAACCUAAUUCCUCAUCACUUCGUUCAGAUACUUUCCACCCCCCAAAUGUGGGACCAUUUAAAAACACCCAUAUUAACAUGAGUAGUGCAACAUCUGAUGAAAAUAAUGCCUAUCAUUUUAGUAAUCAUAAUAUACAGCCCACCAGAAAUGGAUAUAACAUGUCUGAUGGACACAUGGGUAAUGGUUUCUGUGAAACUCGACCAUGUUGGAAAGAAAUUAAAACUUUCCCAGAUGAAGGAUCAAGCAACGUUUCUCAGCAGUUUCCAGAGGGCAAGUUAUGUGAGUCACAAAAGCUGCUUCUGAUUUUAAGAGGUCUUCCAGGUUCAGGGAAGACAACAUUAUCUCGUAUUCUGCUUGGUCAGAGUCGUGAUGGCAUUAUAUUCAGCACUGAUGAAUACUUUCGGCAGAACAAUGGAUGUUGGUCAUAUGAUGUUGGUCAACUAAAUGUUGCUCAUGACUGGAACCAGAAGAGAGCAAGACAAGCAAUGGAUCAAGGAAGAUCCCCAAUUAUAAUAGACAACACUAAUACACAAGCCUGGGAAAUGAAGCCUUAUGUAGAAGCGGCUCUAGAAAAGGGCUACCGAAUAGAAUUCCAUGAACCAGACACAUGGUGGAAGUUUGACCCAGAAGAAUUAGAAAAGAGGAAUGAACAUGGGGUCAACCGUGAGAAGAUUCUUCAAAUGUUGGAAAGAUACGAAUAUCAAAUAUCAAUACCCAUUGUCAUGAAUUCGGUCCUGCCUUUUCACAAAACUUCACAGUGGCCACCUCCACAAAGAAGACAGAGGGAGUCGGUUGUAAAGAAGAAGCACAGGUUGCACAAGAUGAAACAGAGGAGGAAGCAAAAGAGGAACAGAAGAAUGAAGGGUGCUACCAUGAAAGCUAUGGGGAAAACGUCAGGUGGACAUUUCACUCCAAGUGAUGAAGAGUCAACACAGAGUGGCCUGGAAGAUUCAGAAGACAAUGAAAAAUCAGCAUAUGUGAUUGGGCACCAGAAUGAGCGAAAAGAAGGUGUUGAGAGUGACUCUGCCAAUGAUAACAGUCUAACACAUUGUGAGUUGCAAGAAGGAAGUGUCCUUGUUUCUGAUACGGUGGAUCCAGUGUUGGACAAUUCAUUAAAAAGGGAAGCUUUUGCAGGAGACGGUAGUCUACCUCUAGUGCAUUUGCCACCUCCUCCUAAUGAAAACAGAACUGAACAAUCAUUCAGUAAUCAUUUGCCAAAUGAAAUUAAAAAUGUAAACUUUGUAGAAGGCAAGAGCAACGACGAAAAGCACAGUUCUCUGAAGUUGGAGCACAUUACUGAAAAUAGUACAGAAAUACUGACAAAUAGGGAAGACAAAGACAAAGCUGCAUCUGCUGAAGUCAUACUUGAUUCUGGCCCAGGAAGGAAACUGCUCAGCGAUGGGGAAAAAUUAGCCGCUCAUCUUCCUGGGCCAUCAAAAAAGAAUGAGGGAAAUACCUGGGCUUUCUUUUCUAUCGACUUGGCUGGCAAACAGCCCCAAACCAUCUUGGACAAAAGUGAUUCCUGUUUGACUUGGCCUGAUGGUACAUCUAAGAUCAUGUAUGAGCAAAGGCCAAAGAGGGAGAGGAGGCCCAAGCAAGUAUUUUCAGGAAUGACAGGAGAACUGAUUGAAUAUCAACCUAAUAAAGAAUUAGCGAAAGGAGAAGUGUUAUAUGGAAAUAACAGUAUAACAGAUUGUGCUCAAACACCCCAGCUAACUGAGAACAUCCAUAGAAUGCCAUGCACUGGGGCAGGUGAAUUCGCGACAGAACCUAGUACUAAAACCAGUGAUCCAAACAAUGUAAGCCUUUUAGCUACACCAAGGAAAACAGUAAGAUGCAAAAGGAUCUUCAAGUUGGCCCCCAGCUUUGGUUUACCCAGACAGAUUCCAGUUAGAAAGGACGAGCAAGUACUAAAGGAUAUUGUUGUACUGGUGGAACAAGAGGAGACUUCAAAUGAAGAGGCUAGAGAAAAGAACAAGCAAAGCCUUGGCUGCUAUAAAUGUCCAGUACCUUCUAGUUAUGAUUUAGCAAUAGAAUCAUCUCCUCAUCUUGAUGUAGAACCUCUCUUAUGUAAAUAUUCCAGCCAAUUUGCACAGAAAUCUAUGGACUUUUCAACAAAAGUAGUCGCUCCUCCAAUUCAGAUAUGUACUUGUAGAGCUUCCUUACCUAGCAAACAGCAAGUUGUUGCUUUUGAUCAAGCUGUGGAAGCUAACACAGAGAAAAAGAGGGAGAACAUAUCUCCAGAAGUUUCAACUACUCAGCCAGAUAUUUUGUGUUCAGUUCAAGAAACAGACUCUUCUGCUGAAAACUCUGAAAAGAUACAAGAAGUUAAUGAAACUGAGCAACUGGAGUAUUCCCCAAUCGAAUACGAACAAUACCCCUUGAAAACAAAAGCCAGUGUUUUGGGGCUUCCUUUAUCCCUAGGAUUUGCACUUCAACUAGUAGAACAUUUUGGUUCUCCAGGAAUUCCACUGGACACUUUAUUACCAGAUGAUUAUGUAGUUCCCCUUGAUUGGGCAACAUCAAAGGAGAUCUAUUUACUGUGGAAGACAUCUGUGGAGAAGAAGCAGAAAACUAUCAUAUCAAAAGAAGACAGCUCCUUACCCGCUGGUGAAACUGCCCAAGAAGGUUCAAAUAAAGAUGAUCAAGACAGAAAAGAAUCUCCCGAAGCCAAUCCAUAAAUGCACUUGGAAGAAGCACCCUUUGUCAAAUAAUCCGAGCAGCGAUGGUGGCGUGUUCUGAACUUUUGUCUAAAAAUUAAAUAUCAGCAUUAUGUGCAGAAAGGUACAACAUGGAAUUUAUUUAUAUACAUACAUAUGCAUGAGAAGAUCUAUUUCCAAUCUGUGUUUCGAUUUUUUGUGUGAACUAUAGGCAUCUAUCUUUUCUGUAAACGAAUAUCCAUAGAUUGGGCUCCAUAGAGUGGUGAUAUAGCUCCUGCUACAUUAUUAUUCUCAGCUGCUGAGAGCAAAUGUUUAUAUUAGGAUACAAUAUCAUAUCAGAGUGGCAAAUAGUAAAAGGAACUAUUUGCUCUACUUAAAUAAGGCAGAUUUGAUAAGCUUUAAAUAUUGAUGCUACUUAUUUUUCCCUCAGAUGUUGGAUUCAAUCUGAUAGCAGCCCUACACAUUACAACAGGGGUCAGCAAACUUUUUCAGCAGGGGGGCCGGUCCACUGUCCCUCAGACCUUGUGAUGGGCCGAACUAUAUUUUGGAAAAAAAUAUGAACGAAUUCCUAUGCCCUACAAAUAACCCAGAGAUGCAUUUUAAAUAAAAGGACACAUUCUACUCAUGUAAAAACACAAUGAUUCCCGGACCGUCCGCAGGCUGGAUUUAGAAGGCGAUUGGGCCAGAACUGGCCCCCGGGCCUUAGUUUGCCUACCCAUGCAUUACAACAAAUUAUGAAAGGGGAAAGUGCACGGCUUGAGAUCAUAUGACCCCAAGAGCAAGAUCCCAUGUCCCUUUUUCCUUUGGAUAUUGAGUGUACAAGUGCUGCGUGUGGAUACUGCGCAUAAAGAAAUCAAUGUUAAUCUAUUAACAUGGAGGUACUGUUGACAGUAAUAGAACAUUUUUGGAAAGUCAUGCUUAAGAUGUUUACCUCCUCUUCAGAUAAUAUUCCACAGUCUGGGUGAAAAAUUUCUGGCAUCUGACCACCCAGUUGGGAAGGCAUGUAGCCUUAGGUUUAUUUUUGACACAUUUUUUAAAUCCUAUGUUCCCCAUAUUUUAAUCCAUAGCAUAAUUGUGCCACUUCUGCCUGUAUCAAUUGCAAAAAUAUAGCCCUUUCUGUCUGUUCCCUCAGGAAAACUCUGGUCCAUGUCCCGGUCAUUUUUUACCUACACUUCUCCAAUCUCUUCCUCACUGGUUUUCCAUUGUCUUAACUUGGUCCCUUUGCAUCUUUUCAGCUUUCUGAAUGCCAAAAAGUUCACCAUUCUCAUUGUCCUAAUCAUAAGAUGCCUCUCCUUAGAUCAGGGGUAAGCAACCUUUUUCAGCCGAGGGCCGGUCCACCGUCCCUCAGACCAUGUGGUGGGCCGAAUUAUCUUUUUUGGGGGGGGAAAUGAAUGAAUUCCUAUGCCCCACAAAUAACCCAGAGAUGCAUUUUAAAUAAAAGGACACAUUCUACUCAUGUAAAAGCACGCUGAUUCCCGGACUGUCCACAGGCCGCAUCCAGCCCCCGGGGCUUGGGUUGCCUACCCCUGCCUUAGAUAAACACUGGUUUCCUGUCUUGUUAACUUGAAAGCACUCCAAAGCCAAUUCCUCUUAGCUCUCCAUCCUUAUAUCUUGACACAUCCCUGCUCAUGACCUUUACUACUCCGCUUUCACUACUCUCACCUAUCAGAUUUCCUGCUCCCUCAAAAGACAUCAUCCCUUCCUUUUCCUUUUGCACUUUUCUAUAAAGCCUUUGCACAACCCCACUAUAUCUCAGCUUGUUACAGAGCCUAACAAUUGCAUCCAUUUUCUCCACUUUCUCCAUUUCCUUUGUUGAAUUUUUUUGGGCAGCAACCAUUUAAAAUCUUUAAAGCACUAUGUACACAGAUGGCACUACAUUAAUAAUAAAAUACAAUGGUGCCUCGCAAGACGAAAUUAAUUCGUUCCGCGAGUCGCUUCGUCUUGUUAUAAUUUCGUCUUGCGAAGCGCGGUUUGCCGCGGCAAAAAAAGGAAAAAACGAUGGGAAAAUUAGUCUUGCGAAGUACGGUCAUAGAAAACUUCAUCUUGAGAAUCACCAAAAACAUAGCAAAAUGCUUUCGACUUGCGAGUUUUUCGUUGCGCGAGGCAUUCAUCUUGCGAGGUACCACUGUAGUAAUAAUCAAUGUGAAAAAUACGUAUUUUCUGUGUUGAGAAGUGGUAUUUCCCAGUUGGCAAACUGAAUAUAUUUAUAUAUUCCUCUUCCAGCGAAAAGAAAUAUUACUUCAAAAAACCCUGCUCCCCACAAAAACGCAGAAUGGCCAAUCUGAGUUAAUUACAAACAUUAUCAUUGUGUGUGUGUGUGUGUGCAUAUUUCAUAUUCUGACUGAAGGUGACAAUUGUAAAACUUUAAAUCAGCACCAGUAGGCUUGGGAUUUUGGUUUGAUACUUCACUAGACUUUUCAAAAAUUUUGUAUUACAGAAUUUGCUCAAUUUUGGCUUUGUCGCGGAUGGACUCAAGUUAAGUCACCUAUAACUAAUGACAACGGCGGUGAGGAGAAAUGCAAAUUCUAAAGUUUGUUGAAAACAUGGCCUAUAGUCACACUGCUGCUUUCUUUCCAUGUAGCCUUUGAAUUUUGUUUUGAAAUUAAAUGAAGCUUUGAAGAAUGUUUUGUCAUUGUCACUAUGAGAAAGCAACUUGAAACCUGUGCAGUUUCAUCUGUUUGCCUCCUGUACAUGUCCUAUGAAGAAACUAAGAAAAAAGUGGUCAGUUGCGAGUGUGGAGACUGCUAAAUUAAGACUAGAACAAGGACUGGGACAGUGCAAGCAAUUGUACUGCCUGUAUCAGCCCUGCUGUCUACAAUCCUCCUCUCCACCACUUACUUCCUUUUCCAUGGUGCUGGGUCUCCCCCCACUCUAGAAAGGGCCAAUUGGGUACUUCCCCAACACAAAGCAUUCUGGGUAAGGUGGCUGGAACAGCACCUGCACAGCUACUGUGGUUUGCUGUGACACUUAAGACAUACUCUUUAAACUAAUAUAUACAGCACUCUACCCACUUGUGAUUCCUAGCACCUGGCAUUCAGAGGCAUACUGCCUUAGAUAGUGGAGGUGAUAAUUCACUAAAGAUUUGGAUAAUUAAAGUAAAUUCAAACAUGAGGACCAUUCACAACAGUAGUCAAGAUAAUACAAUCAUUCUAGCAUUACUUGAGAGUUGCUAGUAGUUGUCAGAUGCUUCGGCGGUACCCAUCUAUUUAGCUGAAACAAAACAUGUCUCUCCCAUAUUGGUCUCUACAACCACAGCAGGUGCUGCAACCUUCAACAGUUUGACUUCACCUCCAAACAAUUUGACAAUGGACACACUUCUCCAUUGUCUCCCGAGACAGACAGAUGCCAACAACCAACAGCUUCUUUAAACCAGGUGUGUGGAAGCUGUGGCCCUUUAGAUCAGGCAUCCCCAAACUGCAGCCCUCCAGAUGUUUUGGAACUACAACCCCCAUGAUCCCUAGCUAACAGGACCAGUGGUCAGGGAAGAUGGGAAUUGUAGUCCAAAACAUCUGGAGGGCCGAAGUUUGGGGAUGCCUGCUUUAGAUGUUGUUGAACUAGCGGUACCAACUCUCCUCAGCCCUAGUAAGUAUGGCCAAUCGUCGGGGUUGAUUGCAAUCCAGCAACAUCACAAGAGCCACAUGUUAGCCACUCCUGCUUUAAACAAAAGGGAGGGAAAAUAUAUGUGAAUAUAUCGUAUAGGUUAGCCACCAGGAGUCAGGAGUUUCUUUUUGGCUCUUUUCUUGUUUAAGAGAGUGAAGUUUUUGUCCAGUUUCCUCUCUGGUGUGCUCUUAAACCUCCCCUGAAAAUAAAUGGGAGUAUGAGCACUUUUUGUGCUAUUUUCUUAUGAAGACUCGUCUUCAUGCCUUUCAUGCUUUUCUCUUUUAGCACUAUCUAGAUGUUUUUGUGUGGGCACCAAGCAUUUGGGAUGUGGCUUCCAAGCACUCCUGGCUAGGCUCACUCCCUAGAUGCAGCUA